AUGAGCGAUGAGCCCCCAAAUAAGGCCAUUACAGAGCCGUCCCAAGUCGGAUCACCACGGUUCAAGCGGACAUACGUUGCUUGCGACACCUGUAGGUCUCGCAAAGUGAGAUGCAUUAUGGGAGGUGAGCCCCCUUGCGCCAAAUGCAAACGUGAGCAUCGCGAUUGUCGAUUCGAUCGACGUCCGAGAACCUCGAAGCACAGGGAUCCGCCAAAUUGGAAAAGUAACCGGCCGGCUGAGCAUGCUAUCACGCCGCAGCCUGCCGGCGUCAGUCUGGCCAAGUCACCACAAGAAAUUGAUACACCAGUACAAGAAAACAUGCCAUCAGCGGCCCCUCUAUCUAGAGCAGUCACCCAAAACCUUAGAAGCGAGUGGCGUCAAAGCUCUCUUCGUGAUAGUUCACUUUCAGAACGGGUUGUCUCCAGUCUUGUGACCGGCUCUAAUGACGCUCUUGAUGUGCUGUCCGAUGCCGCAAAUCUACUUCACCAUGCUGUAGUAUCUCCAUCCUCUGGUUCCCCUUCAGCACCGCCAGCACACACCGUGCAGGAUGUUCCCGUUGCUGUACCCGCCAGAGAACGAACAGGAGGUCAAAUUGGGGUGGGUUUCGUCAUUCAAGCUCUAUCUGAACCAGGCGACGAUACCCUCGAUAUGUGGGACAAGUGCAGAUUCGUCAGACAGGGCUGGUUCACCUCCCAAGAAGCCGUCACGUACAUCGAUCUUUUCUUCAAAUAUCUCUCUCCACUAUCUCCUAUCAUCGUCGACCAAUUUCGGAACCAUAAUGCCCACUCAAGCCUCGUUCAUGAAGAAUCCAUGUUAUGUUGCACCAUCCUGAUGAUUUCAUCUCGAUUCUUCCUAUUGCCGGGAGCAGGCGGCAUCUCCAGGAGUCAAUUGAUACACAAUCGACUUUGGCAAUUCUGUGAGCUAAUGAUCAAACGCAUUAUUCUGGGUCAAGAAAAGAUUUCCACCGCCAAGAUGAGAAUAAUCGGCACAAUUGAGAGUCUGCUGCUCAUCUCGGACUGGCACCCUCGAGCCAUUCAUUUUCCUCCGGACACAGAGGGCUGGGAUGCUUUGCUGGUCGAUCUGGAUUACGACCGGGAGAACCGGAGACGAACUAAUGAUGAGGAACCCCUCCUUCGUUGGCGCAAAGAUGUUUUUGAGCCUGCGAAAAGAGCGAGCAGGAUGUCGUGGAUGCUCCUUGGCCUUGCUACGAAUCUUGCCUACGAGCUUGGAAUAUUUUCAAGCGACCAACGCGCAGACUCUACGGCGUCAAAGGUUGCAGAUUGUCGCAAGUUUCGAGCUCGAAAGCUCCUUUAUGCCUACAUGACUCAAACCGCAACGAGACUUGGGUAUAGCUCCGUCUUCCCCGAAAGUGUGUCCAUCGCAGCCUCGCGAUCUUCGAUGAAAGACAUGGGCCAUUCUUCACAGGCCUCAUGGGCCUCAUACAUGGAUAUCUAUCUCGAGUUCACCCGUCUCUCAAAAGUAGCUUCGUCAAUGUUCUUCCAAUCUGUGGAACAUUUAGAAGGCUUACUUCAGAGCGAUGGCUACCCAGAUCUGUUGGAUCAUUUCCUGAGCUCUCUUUCCAACUGGAAGGAUUCAUUUGAUGCAGACUGCAAAGGUGCCAUAUCAAUACAAGCAGUCGUACGAAGAGCUGCGACGGCCAGAGCAUAUGGAAUUGAAAAGGACAGUCUCGCCGGCUACAUGACUGCCCAGGAUGCUAGAUUCCUGCAAGAGGUUGUGUCGGAUAGCAGCGAAGUGCUGCGCAUUGCCACUCAGACAUCUUUCCAGUCACAUCUUGCAUGCGCGCCAGCAAGUGUCAGGAUCAGCGUGAUAUCUGCAUCCGUCUUCUUGUUAAAGGCCCUCAGUCUCGGAUCACCCGCGACAGAUGCUUCUUCAGCUCUACAGACGUUAGAUCGAUGUGUGACUGCGUUGGGAAGGUAUCCGCCCGACGACAUGGAUUUUGCACUGAGAUACGCCCAUCUCAUUGAGCAACAUACCCAAUUCCUGAAGUCAAAUCUCUUCCCUGUAUCUGCACCCCAGAGAGCGCUCAACGAUACCCAAGACAGCCUGAGUGGAUUUGGACUCACGCUGCUAAGUCUUCCGCCUGAUCAAAGUACCAAUGAUGGCGUGUCUGCGGAUCAGAACGGGAUCUGGCGGGCUCUGCAAUUUGACUCCAGCAUUGCUCCUUUCAGCGACAAUACAGAUCAGCUCUACCAGGGGUUCGACAUCGACUCACUCAACUUUCUAUGGAACCUACCAGAUAUCACUUAG